AUGCCACGCACUCCACGGCCAGCUUUUGGUGAUCGUACUCCCGAGGCUUACGGAAAAUCACCUAGUGUUGGCGGUACUCCCGAGUUUUCACAAAGCAUGCAAGAGAUGAGAUUGUCAAUCAGCUCUCCGGUACGGCCUAGAGAGCUGACUCAAACCACCACCAAGGAGAGCAUUGAGAUAAAGAUCAAGCUAUUGCUGCUUGUACCGCAACAGACUUUGAUGACCAAAACCCCUACCCUGCAAAGUACGUUACUGGACCUCACUACUGGUCGACGAAAUCGACCUCCUCGAGUCGGGAGAAUCCCCAGAACGUAUCUCGACGACAGUCGACCUUCACGCGAGACGAAACUAUCUGACGCCAGCUCCUCUUCGAAAGACGGGUCCGCUCGCACAGGCCUGCCUCAGGGUCAACUCAAUAAUGGGGAGCUGGUUCCCAUUGGAGGAUCACUGACCAGACACUCAAUCCUCGUGAUCAAUGCCCUUGACAACGAUGAGUGGUCAUUCUACGCUGCCGGAACAUAUCCAGCAGCUACCUUCUUCAAUCCGUCUCCCCGCUUUCCUCUUCCAGAAGAACUCGAGAAUUCAAUACAGCUCUACAACUUCACCUUCGGCGCUCAAAGCUUCACAGCUGUUGUAUACCACUUCCUCGUCGCGAGCCCUGGAGCAUACUAUCGCAGCAUUCUCACCGAAGCUGGCCGUGUGCUGAAGUCAGGAGGCUACAUCAAGCUCUCCAUUCUCGACAAAGACCUGAACAACAUGGGCAACCAGGGCCAACGUACGGUCUGCCACCUAAAAGGGAGGAUCCAAGAGAUGACAUCUGAUACUAGUCUCGGAUCAAACGCGGAUCUCAUUAUUCGUCUCCUUGGCAAGGUUGGUUUCACUACCAUUAAGGCAGUACGAGUGGGUGUUCCCGUGGCAAGUUCCGUCAUUGGCAAAGAUAGCAAGGCUGAUGACGGCAAUGACGCUGCUGAGAAGGAGAAGGAUCCGCCAAGUUUAUCUGAGAUGAUGAGCGACAACAGCCCCUUGAUGGACGAUAAUAUCACCAAGAUCGUCAGCGGCGUUGGCCGAUGGUGGUACACACGAUGCUACGAGAACGUAGCUGGGAACCCCUCUGGAAAGAGCAUCCGGAGCGAUAAGCUAUCACUUCGGAAUGGAGAGCUCGGUACAAGCCUAAAGCUCAUGCUCUGCAGCGCUCGAGCUCCUCUUGAGCGCAUCACAGGUGUUUAA